AUGACCCUCUCUUGCUGCCCACCUUGCUGUCAGCCUGGCUGCUGCAAGACCACCUACUGCUGGACCACCUGCUGCCCACCCUGCUGCCCUGAGUCCAACUGCUGCCAGCCUUGCUGUCCCCCAAGUUGCUGCAGCAAAUCCUGCUGCCAGUCCAGCAGUAGCAACAACAAAACUGACAGCACUGAGUCCCAGCCCUGCUGCCCACCAACCUGCUGUGAAAGCACCUGUUGCAAGACUACCUGUUGCAAGCCAACUGGUGUCAGCAUCUGCUGCAGCACACCCUGUUGCCAGCCCUGCUGCUGUGUGCCCACCUGCUGCCAGCCCUGCUGCCAGCCCAGCUCCAUAAAGAUCUGCUGUCAGCCAACUUGCUGUGAAACCAGCUGCUGCAAGACAACCAGUAGCAAAUCUAAUUGUGUGACCAUUGGUUGCAGCCCACCCUGCUGCCAGCCCUGCUGUUGUGUGCCCACCUGCUGCCAGCCCUGCUGCCAGCCCAGCUCCAUAAAGAUCUGCUGUCAGCCAACUUGCUGUGAAACCAGCUGCUGCAAGACAACCAGUAGCAAAUCUAAUUGUGUGACCAUUGGUUGCAGCCCACCCUGCUGCCAGCCCUGCUGUUGUGUGCCCACCUGCUGCCAGCCCUGCUUCUUCCAGCUGUGCUGCCAACCAACCUGCUGUGAAACCAGCAGCUCUGAGACCACCUCUCUCAAACCAACCUGUGUGACCAUCAGCUGCAGCACUCACUGCUGCCAGUCCUGCUGCUGCUGA